UCACUGGGUGUGUUUUGAGGUUAAAACUCUGCUCCCACUUGUUGCUGAAGUUGCGCGUCUCAGUUUCAAGAAGCCCUUUCCUUCACCAGAUGCGGAGCACGAGCUCUCCCGAUGUCUGACGAAGGCGAGGGGCUCCGUGGCUCCUCUUCCUCUCCCUCCCCGCCCUCCUCCUCCUCCUCCUCCUCUCAAGCUCCUGCCGGUCAGACUGGUCUCCCUCAGCCGCAGAGACCCCUGAAGCGCCGGCAUCUGCGCCACUUCCACGUACCGAGUCGCGACCCAGAGUCGCAUUUCCCAGCGAUCCGCUGGACUUGAUCGGGAGCUCGCCGGCGCGUAUAGGGCGAUGCUGCGCCGCGUCUCCGGUGCGCGACGGUCUCCAGAACCGCGGACAGCGGCGGCGCUCGCCACACAGAGCCGAUCAUGAGACGCGCAGCCAGGAGGAGUUGAUCGAGACCCCGUACAGCGGCGCUCCACCGGACACGUCAGAGGUCAUGAAUCGCAGGCACACCACCUUGCGAGAGAAGGGUCGUCGGCAGGCCAUCCGAGGCCCUGCCUACAUGUUCAAUGAACGUGGCACCAGCCUCACGGCAGAGGAGGAGCGUUUCCUUGAUGCAGCAGAGUACGGUAACAUUCCCGUCGUCCGCAAAAUGCUGGAUGAGUCCAAAACGCUUAACUUCAACUGCGUGGACUACAUGGGGCAAAACGCUCUGCAGUUAGCAGUUGGCAACGAGCACCUGGAGGUCACAGAGCUCUUGCUAAAGAAGGACGGGAUGGCACGCAUUGGCGACGCGCUUCUUUUGGCGAUCAGCAAAGGUUAUGUGAGAAUCGUGGAGGCCAUUUUGGCUCAUCCGGCAUUCGCAGGCGGUUUGAGACUGACUUUGAGCCCGCUGGAGCAGGAACUGAGGGAUGACGACUUCUAUGCCUAUGACGAGGAUGGGACUCGUUUUUCGCACGACGUGACGCCGGUUAUUCUGGCCGCGCACUGUCAGGAGUACGAGAUCGUACACAUCCUGCUGAUGAAGGGCGCCAGAAUCGAGCGGCCACAUGACUACUUCUGCAAGUGCUAUGAGUGCACAGAGAAACAGAGACGUGACUCAUUUAGUCACUCCAGAUCGCGCAUGAACGCAUACAAAGGGCUCGCUAGCGCUGCCUACCUGUCACUGUCCAGCGAAGAUCCCGUACUGACUGCACUAGAGCUCAGCAACGAACUCGCACGACUUGCCAACAUAGAGACGGAGUUUAAGAAUGACUACAGGAAGUUGUCUAUGCAGUGUAAAGAUUUCGUGGUUGGCGUUCUGGAUCUCUGUCGUGACACAGAGGAAGUGGAAGCUAUUCUGAACGGUGAUGUGGACCAGAACCCACCCGCAGAACACCAAAGACCUUGUCUGACCCGCAUCAAACUUGCCAUCAAAUAUGAAGUUAAAAAGUUUGUGGCUCAUCCGAACUGCCAGCAGCAGCUGCUGACGAUCUGGUAUGAGAAUCUGUCAGGUUUGCGGCAGCAGUCCAUCGGGGUGAAGUGUUUGACCGUUCUGGGCGUCACUGUCGGAUUGCCUUUCCUCGCCAUCGCCUACUGGAUCAUGCCCUGCAGCAAGCUGGGUCAGAUAUUACGGAGUCCCUUCAUGAAGUUUGUCGCUCAUGCCGUGUCGUUCACCAUCUUCCUGGGUCUGCUGAUUCUGAAUGCAUCAGACCGGUUUGAGGGUGUGAAGAACCUCCCUAACGAGACCAUAACAGAUCAUCCACGGCAGGUGUUUCGUGUCAAGACCACGCAGUUCUCCUGGACUGAGCUCCUCAUCAUGAAAUGGGUUCUGGGCAUGAUCUGGUCGGAGUGUAAAGAGAUCUGGGCUGACGGGCCGCGUGAGUAUGUGAUGCAUCUCUGGAACGUUCUGGAUUUCGGGAUGCUGUCGAUCUUCGUGGCCUCCUUCACCGCUCGUUUCAUGGCGUUCCUCAAAGCAUCCAAAGCUCAGCUCUAUGUCGACCUGCAUGUCCCCAACCAUGACAUCAGCAACGCAUCACUUCCUGCAGACAUCGCCUACUUCACAUAUGCGAGGAACAGGUGGAGGCCGUCGGAUCCUCAGAUCAUCUCCGAGGGUCUGUACGCCAUCGCUGUGGUCCUGAGCUUCUCUCGCAUCGCAUACAUCCUGCCGGCCAACGAGAGCUUCGGCCCCCUGCAGAUCUCUCUGGGACGAACUGUGAAGGACAUCUUCAAGUUCAUGGUCAUCUUCAUCAUGGUCUUCGUGGCCUUUAUGAUCGGCAUGUUCAACCUGUACUCCUAUUACCUGGGGGCCAAAUAUAACCCCGCCUUCACCACGGUUGAGGAGAGCUUUAAGACUCUGUUCUGGUCCAUAUUCGGUCUGUCGGAGGUGAUUUCUGUGGUUCUGAAGUAUGAUCAUAAGUUCAUCGAGAACAUCGGCUAUGUUUUGUACGGGGUUUAUAACGUCACCAUGGUGGUGGUUCUUCUCAACAUGCUGAUCGCAAUGAUCAACAGCUCCUACCAGGAAAUAGAGGAAGACGCUGAUGUGGAGUGGAAGUUUGCUCGCGCUAAACUCUGGUUGUCAUAUUUCGAUGAGGGACGGACGUUGCCUGCGCCGUUUAACCUGGUGCCCACUCCAAAAUCCUUCUACUAUCUGAUCAUCCGGGUCAAGUCCUGCCUUAUACGACUGUGUAAGGGCAAAGGUCACCGGCAUGAAAACGAGCUGGAGAUGGGAAUGCUUAAUUCACGCCUGAAGGCUGAUCAUCAUAGAGCAAAUCUUAGAAGCCGAGAGGAGAACACUUUCAAGAAACCCAUCAAAAACCCCACAAGAUAUCAAAAGAUAAUGAAGCGCUUGAUUAAACGCUAUGUUUUGAAGGCUCAGGUCGACAAAGAGAACGAUGAAGUUAAUGAAGGUGAACUGAAGGAAAUAAAACAGGACAUCUCCAGUCUGCGCUACGAACUUCUGGAAGAAAAAUCUCAGGCCACUGGAGAACUGGCUGACCUUAUUCAACAACUCAGCGACAAGUUUGGCAAGAACGCUAAGAAACAACCUUGAGACAGACAGAUGGAGAGAGUUAUAUGGUAGUUUAGGAGAAGAAUAUGGACACUUAAGACACUUAAAAAUGUCUGAAUGUCAUUCAGUAGAUAUAAAAUGCAUGCAAAAGAUGCACAAACACACUUUACAAGCAAAAUAUCUGACAGACGGAUGUUUUUACGGUUUGAGAAAUAAACUAGCAACUGCGAAAAAAGUCCAAAUUACUAGAUUCACGCAAUUGUGAGAUAUAAACUAUUAUGAGAAUAAAAGACUUUUUUGUAGAAUUGUGACAUAUAAACUACCAGCUCUGAGAAAUAUACUCUCAAUUGUGAUAUAUAAACUAUAAUUGUGAAAAAAAGCAGAAUUACAAGAUUCCCACGAAUGCAAGAUAUAAAUGACCUAUCCUGAGAAGAAAUAACAAAAUUGUGAGAUAUAAACUAGUAAUUGUGAAAAAAAAGCAGAAUUACAAGAUUCCCACGAAUGCAAGAUAUAAAUGACCUAUCCUGAGAAGAAAUAACAAAAUUGUGAGAUAUAAACUAGUAAUUGUGAAAAAAAAGCAGAAUUACAAGAUUCCCACGAAUGCAAGAUAUAAAUGACCUAUCCUGAGAAGAAAUAACAAAAUUGUGAGAUAUAAAAUAGUAAUUGUGAAAAAAAGCAGAAUUACAAGAUUCCCACAAAUGCAAGAUAUAAAUGACCUAUCCUGAGAAGAAAUAACAAAAUUGUGAGAUAUAAACUAGCAAUUCUGAGAAGAAAUGUCGAAUUGUAAGAUAUAAACUAGCAAUUGCGAAAAAAAAGUCUGAAUUGCAAGAUUCCCGCAAUUGCGAAAUAUGAGCUAUGUAUUCUGAGAAUAAAAGACCAAAUUGUCAGAUUUAAGCUCUCAAUUCUGAGAAGGAAAAUCUUAAUUGUGAGUUCUAAAUUAGCAUUUGCGAAAAAAUGUCGACAAAUUGCGAUAUAUGAGCUAUGUAUUCUGAAAAUAAAAGAUCAAUUUGUGAGAUAUAAACUAGAAACCACAAAAAAAAGUCUGAAUUAUGAAAUUCCUGCAUUGCAAGAUAUAAACAAAGCUAUAUAUGAGAAUAAAAGACCAAAUUGUGAGAUAUUACUAGGCAAUUGUGAAAAAAAGACUGAAUUACGAGAUUCCUGCGGUGGGAAGAAAAGUCUGAACUAUGAGAUAUAAAGUCCUGUUCUCAAAAUAUUGAUGUAACAUCUCAUGCUUAUGUUUUGCAAUUCUGACUUUUAUUCUUAGAAAAAGGACUUUUAUUCUUUUUUUUUUUAUUUAUUCUGUAGUGGAAACAAGCUUCUAUAGAACUUUAUUCAUAAAUCCGCUAAAAAUCAACAGCUAAGAAUAAAGAAAAUGAACAUUAGUGAAAAGAAAAGAUUCUAGACACACUGAUACAGAAACACACUUGAUUUAAUGAAUCACAUUCAGACAUUUGUAAUGAUAGUUUAUACGGGAUGUUGUUGUUGCAGUGAAAAAAGAGUAGUGAUGUUUUCUGAUAACAAAACGGCUUUAGUUCCCCAGACUGAUUCAGUUACAUCAUCAGUCCAAUCAAAAUGAUUUAUCUCAGAGCUGGUUUGUAAGUGAAGGAAAAUAGCAAACAGGACUGUCUGUGAUCAGUGAAUGAUGAACUGAUGUGAAUUCACUCAGAUAAUGAACAUCUUCCAGAAGAGAGAGUGAGAGAUGAGAAAAACUGAGAGGAGAGUCGAACAGAAUAAACGAGGGUUAAAGGCUCAAAGCAGGUAUGCAGUGCAUUCUGGUAUAUUGCCCCCCUUAAGAGUCAUUUCCUGUUCUGAGAUUGUAUCUCAUGGGAGAUAAACAUACAGAGAAAAGGAAAACAGUAGAUAAAAACACUGUGAUGUUGACCAGUUAUGAUAUCAUUUAAUUUAAAAAUGUUUGAAUCAUUUAAUGAUGAGUCAGAUGAGCAGUAACAGUGAGAAGGUGCGUAAACAUCUUUUUUCCUCUUCACACCAUGCAGGCCGUCUAAUUAACACAAGAACACAGACACACACACAUGGGUGAAUCUUAC